AUGUCCGCCGUCCGCCCGCUGGCCUAUGCGUGGUUGAGUGGCUUCGUCCCGCCGCCUUUGCCAUACACGCCUUAUCACCAGCUGGUCAACGACAGUGCGCCGCGUCGGGGACUUGCGAUUGAAGACGUGCCAAAGAGCCGCCGCCGCCGCAAACAAAAGCCGCCAUAUUACCAUCCCUACGCACACAAGCCGCUGUCGCUCCCGCGUGCGCCACACCGCGCGCCGUGUCUGCCAGGCAGAUGUCAAUUCCUCCUGCGCGUAUGGUUCCCGGCGCCGCACCGGCGCUGGCUGCUGCAGUGCAUGGCGCCGGGGUGCCGCGCGCUGAUGACGUUCAGCGGUAUCCCGAUUACCAUGCCGGGGAUGGAGGCCUCGGAGAGUGGUGUCGACUCUGUCGAGGAGGAGGAGGAAGGGCUGGCGCUGUGGUCUUUCGGCCCUGAGUCGGUUGCCGACGAAUCCACAUUGCAGGGACAGGGUGCUGAGUUGUAUCCAUCGAGUGGCCCAUCUCUGGAGCUCCCGCCUGCCAAUCAGUCAAGCUAUUUCUUGCCACCUGCGACAGGCUCGUAUACCUCCAGCACAAACUCGUAUCCCAGCAACGCUUCUUGGUCCCCCUUCCCAGCGACAAAUGCGGCCUCGGUCGACCCCGCAGCGGGCGACUGCCCCACCCCGGCCUCGUCCAGCGCACCCGCCCCGGUCGCCAUAAAAUCCGAGCCCGAAGAGCACGUCAUCCCCGCCCGAGCGCCCGCUUUUGACUGGGUCGCGCACUUUUCGAACCAGCAGACGAACAGCCGUCCAGGCCUGCCACAGCCGGCGCUGAUGCGCAUGCACGAGACGGAGGGCGUCGCCGCGGUGGCGUUGGCGCCCAGUCGCUUCUGCGUGGCCCGGGGGGGUGGAACACCGACGAUAGCGAUUGCGGGGCGCAUUAUCAGCAGUGCGCCCGGGCCCGCGGGGGGCUUGUCUGCGUCGGAGUCGACAGAGCCUUGCUAG